AUGAAACCUCUACUUGCCAUCAGAGCUGCGAUUCCAAAUACGAUAAGCGUUUUCUCACUUGUGGCAACUGAUAAGAUAAACAGCGUAAAACCCCAUCGUCAUCGUGAUUACUACUUUGGUUCAGUUUUUGCAAAAAAAAAAAACUUCACAUUUAGCACAGCCAUGAACCUAUACACUUCCGCUGGCGGUUUGUUUGAGACCCAUGUUACUUGGGAGGACAUUGAGGAGGAUAUGCAGAGAGAGUUAGACACCGCUGCUUCAUUUGGGCCCAACAAAACUGCAAAGAAUAUCGGAGAUGGCAGGGGAUUCAUGUCUAGAAUCGUGCUCAUUGAUCCAGAUUGGCAGCAAAAGGACAAAGAUCUACCGGAAAAAUUUGUCGUUAAGAUUCUUACCCAAUUGACUCUAAAUCAGUUUAUGGCAGAGGCGUCUAAGGAGGGGAAUUUCGAUUCCAGCUACAUCACUGAGGAGUACAUGGCAGGCCUUGAAUACCAACAGAAGCGUCUUCACAAUACCGAAGUCACUGUCUACAAUCAUAUACUGAAUAUUCCUGAAGGAAAAAUUCCACGAAUAAAGAUUUUUUACAUGAGAAAAUUUUCGGAAUCCAAUCCAGUCAAAGGAUAUAUAAUAAUGGAGUACAAGGAUGAUAUUAAGGCGGUCCACGUCUACCAGAAUGUCUCCAUAGAGGCCAUCAAAGAGGUGCUUCGUGUGAAGGCGGUGUUGGAGGCGAAGUCUCUGAAAUUUACGGAGGAGGAAAAAAGAGUAUUCACUGAAAAGCCUUUCAGCGAGCUUUUUGCACAUUUGUUCAACAAAAGUUCAGCUGAUGGCAUCCUCAAGCAGUUCUCACAGUUCGCUGAUGGUAAACUAAUGGGCAGAGCUGAGCAGUUAGAGAAAAUAUUGCCAGAUUUACUGGAUUUCGUUUGGGCUGAUCAACUGGCAGAUGAGUUAGGUAUGGAACGUGUGUUGUGUCAUGGCGAUUUGUGGACGACGAAUAUCCUCUGGAAAACACGAGGAGACGAUGUUAGCGUCGUAUCAGUGAUCGAUUUCCAGACUGCUCAUAUGGGCUGCCCAGCUAACGACCUCGUACGACUGUUUUCGUCAUGUCUUAGCGGAAAAGAUCGGCGAGAACAUUGGAAAGAACUUGUGGAAGUGUAUUACGGAUACUUGAAAGAGGAAGCUGACGGCAUGAAGUUGCCGUACACUCUCGAGCAGCUGGAGGAGUCAUACUGCCGAUUCAUGCCAUUAGGGGCCUUUAUGGUUGUCCCUGCGAUUGGACCUCUCUUUCAGCUGUUAGGCAAAAACUCCGACGAUGAGGAGAGUAGAAAAGCUACACCUCAAGCAAAUCGACAAAAAUGUUGUGUAUACAAAAUGCCAGGAGUCAAGGAUCGAAGGAUUCAAGGAUCGGACCUGGGCACAACGCUGCAACAGUUUACGGAAAAUGUUCGGAUGGAAAAUAGCAACGGGAAUAAUUUCACCAAUGGAGAGAUGAGGGCUGCUAUUGAUUGCAGACAGAAACUGGCGAUUUCUUGA